AGCACGCCGUGCUUGUGCCGCAGGGAGCGGGUGCGUGCCAUGUUCUACCACGCCUACGAGCACUACCUGGAGAGCGCCUUCCCGUACGACGAGCUGCGGCCGCUGACGUGCGACGGCCAGGACACCUGGGGCAGCUUCUCCCUGACCCUGAUCGACGCCCUGGACACCCUACUGAUCUUGGGAAAUGUUUCCGAGUUCCAGCGAGUUGUCAACGUGCUGCAGGAGGGGGUGGACUUCGAUAUUGAUGUCAACGCAUCUGUCUUUGAGACAAACAUUCGAGUGGUGGGAGGGCUCCUCUCUGCUCACCUGCUCUCCAGAAAGGCUGGGGUUGAAGUGGAAGCAGGCUGGCCGUGCUCAGGACCUCUGCUGAGGAUGGCUGAGGAAGCAGCUCGCAAACUGCUGCCAGCUUUUCAGACCCCAACUGGGAUGCCCUAUGGUACAGUGAACCUGCUGCAUGGAGUAAACCCUGGGGAGACCCCAGUCACCUGUACUGCUGGAAUUGGCACGUUUAUAGUGGAGUUUGCCACCUUAAGCCACCUCACUGGUGACCCAGUGUUCGAGGAUGUUGCCAGGAAGGCUUUGAAGGCACUGUGGAAAAAUCGCUCAGAUAUUGGGCUGGUGGGGAACCACAUUGAUGUGAUCACUGCCAAGUGGGUGGCCCAGGAUGCUGGGAUUGGGGCAGGAGUGGACUCCUACUUUGAAUACCUGGUUAAAGGAGCCAUCCUCCUGCAGGACAAGGAGCUGAUGUCCAUGUUUUUAGAAUAUAACAAAGCUAUCAAAAAUUACACCAAGUUUGAUGACUGGUACCUGUGGGUUCAGAUGUACAAAGGAACAGUGUCCAUGCCUGUGUUCCAGUCCCUGGAGGCAUACUGGCCAGGCCUGCAGAGCCUCAUUGGGGAUGUAGAUAAUGCCAUGCGCACCUUCCUCAACUAUUACACGGUCUGGAAGCAGUUUGGGGGCCUGCCUGAGUUCUACAACAUUCCCCAGGGAUACACAGUGGACAAGAGGGAAGGAUAUCCACUCAGACCUGAGCUGAUUGAGAGUGCGAUGUAUCUGUACCGUGCCACGAGAGACCCCACGCUCCUGGAGCUGGGGAGAGACGCCGUGGAGUCCAUAGAGAAAAUCAGCAAGGUGGACUGUGGGUUUGCAACUAUCAAAGACUUGAGGGACCACAGGCUGGAUAAUCGCAUGGAAUCCUUCUUCUUGGCUGAAACAAUCAAAUACUUGUACCUGCUGUUUGACCCAGACAACUUCAUCCACAAUGACGGCUCAGACUUCGAUGUGGUGGUCACACCGUACGGGGAGUGUGUCCUCAAUGCUGGAGGGUACAUCUUCAACACCGAGGCUCAUCCCAUCGACCCUGCUGCCCUGCACUGCUGUAGGAAGCGCAAAGAAGAGCAGUGGGAGGUGGAAGACUUGAUGAGGGAAUUCUACUCACAGAAAAAAACCAAGAAAUUCACUUUAAAAAGAGUUCCUGACCAUGGUGAAGGGGAAAAUGCCAAAGAUCCCAAAGAUGCCUCUUCAGAGAAACCUGGAGAGAAGAGAAACUCUAGGAAAAGCUCACACUCCCUCCUGAGCUGCCCUAGUCAAUCUUUUAACUCCAAGCUUGCAGUACUGGGACAGGUGUUCCUAGAUAACACCUGAUCCUCUUUGCAUCAUUGGUUUAAAUUAUUGAACUCAUUUCAGAUUCUGGGAAUAUAUUUUUAUAGUUUCAUAAUGGAAAGUGUGGUACCUCACAAUGUGAAUUCUAUUAUGAAGUGAAAGAACUUCCCAUUAAAUUCUGCUACUGCUCCUUCCUAA